AUGGCCCUCCUAAUCCAUCAUGACGCUGUCCAUGCAGCCACACCUUACUAUGGACCAGCUCCAACCCCAGACUAUGGCGGUACGGCUCCAGGAGCGCAUCGCCCAUCUCAUUUCUUGGGCAGUCGCACUGUCCGCGACACCUGGAUCGCGCUCUGGGUCAUGUGGCUACUCUGGGCGUUGCUCUUGCACCUUCUUGGUCCUCCACUCGCAGUCGAAGCAGAGGGUGCCGAACGAGUGGUGACAGCCUCCAGUCAAGUGGUUCCCGAAGAUGGUCCGUACGAUAUCACCAGGGAUGGUGGUGGUGGUCUGCCUGGGGAAAGUGUUCCUGUGGCAUCGCCUGCGCUUCGUCCUGCACCGCGACCAAAGAACUUUUUCGGACGCGCUGUUGACAACAUUGUCUGGCGUCGCGGGUCUUUGUUCUCAUCGCAAGCUGGACCUAUGUAA